AUGUAUUCCUCGUACGCUACUGCCGCUGCCAUCACGGGCGCCGUUUUCCCUACGCUAGCUACCAUGGCUGUUGUACUGAGAUUUCGUGCCCGGCAUGUAAAACGUCAACGCUAUGGUACUGACGACUACAUCGCCUUGGCUGCUCUAGUAAUAUAAUCUCCACUCUCUAAGUUGUUUUGGGCAAAUGCUAAUAUCUUAAAAUAUAGGCAUUCGCUAUAGCUCUGUGCUGCAUUGUUAUGUAUGGUGCUUUCGUCGCCAGCAUAGGUCAGAAUCUCACAACCGUAACUCCAAAAGAGUACGAAUCAUAUACAAAGGUUCAGGUCUUUGUCCUUUGGGGAGCUCAUGUAUUAACCUAUUUCUAAAGCACAUAAUCUACGUCGUACUUUGCGCUUAUCCAGCAUACGGGCUAGCAAAGAUAUGUGUGCUUGAAUUUUAUAAACGCAUCUUCAUAACUGAGCAAUUUCACCGGACCGCAAACAUCACGAUUGAUUUUAUUGUGCUAUGGACCUUGGCAGCAGAAUUUGUAAGUGAGAUCAAUCGAACAGAAGAGGGACGUAAGACUUCAAUGUUAAGAAAUUCGCAGACGCAGAUGUUUACAGCAUUGCCAAUCAGCCAAGCCUGGAAGUUCGGAGGCCAUUACAAUUUGAAUUAUGGUAAUCAAGCCCUAGCAUUUGCGUGUUUUGAUAUUCUCCUCGAUGUCAUCACUCUUUGUCUUCCAUUACCUGUGAUCAGCAGUCUUCGAUUGGAUAAGAGACACAAGGUUAAUAUUAUCGCUAUAUUUUGGACGGGAAUCUUGUAAGUUUUGUUUCUUGGUGAGAAAUGUUUAUCAUACUGACAUAUAAAACCUAGUUGUAUCUUUGCAGCUUCGGUUAGAAUAUACUUCACCUACGGACUCGGCCAUUUUGGAAAUAAACAAGCAAUAUCAGAUGAGCAUUUUUCAUGUAAGUAAACAUCUCCUAGUUUCUGCUAAUACCUGUGUUUCAAGAUGUACCGUUCUGAUCAUUAAACGUAGACGUCUCAGUAAACGUUCUCAUCUGGGGUGAAAUUGAGUCUUGUUGUUCCAUAAUCGCCUCUUGCCUCCCCUCAUACGGACCACUUGUGCAAGGCACAAGCCUAGUGAGGAAACUGGGAAGAGGGUUCUCAACAGUGGUAGAUUUGUUCAGUAGCCGUCGGGCUCAAGCAUCCGGUGCAUCCGACGCCUCGAUCAAGCGAAACGGUGCGAGUGCUGUCGAUGUAGAAAGCGCGCUUGUGAACAACGAGCCAAGGAAGUGGUACCAGUUACAAGAAGGAAUAAAUGUAACAACGGUGUCGCAAAAUCCGAAAUUUCAACCAAAAGGGACAUCUGCUAUCACAGUAGAGCGAACUUUCACUUCGACUGCCGAAGCCAGAUAA